AUGGUAGACUUGAAGAGGACUCUCGAUGUCGGUGGGAAGUGUGUUCUGGAGAUGCCGUCGGGUACAGGGAAAACUGUCACGCUUCUAUCCCUCAUCGUGGCAUAUCAGCAGUACUACCCGUCCCACCGAAAGCUCAUCUACUGCUCCCGAACAAUGUCCGAGAUCGAAAAGGCUCUGGUCGAGCUCAAGGGGCUCCUCAAGUUCCGUACCGAGAGGCUCGGAUACGAAGAAGAAUUCAGAGGUCUUGGGCUCACUAGCCGGAAGAAUCUCUGUCUACACCCGUCUGUAAAACAGGAGAAGAGCGGUCACGUUGUAGAUGCGCGCUGCCGUAGUCUAACAGCCGGCUUCAUCAAGGAGAAGAAGGAAAGAGGGGAGCAUGUCGAGAAUCUCGACCUUCUCGAGCCCCACAACCUAAUUCCCAAUGGCGUCUGGACACUGGAUGGCCUUCUGCAAUACGGCGAGCAACACAAACAGUGCCCUUAUUUCACCUCCCGACGAAUGAUGCAAUAUUGCAAUGUCAUUAUCUAUUCGUACCAUUAUCUCUUGGAUCCCAAGAUCGCCGAGCGCGUCUCCAAAGAGCUGUCCAAGGACUGCAUUGUCGUAUUUGACGAAGCUCACAACAUUGACAAUGUCUGUAUCGAGUCUCUGAGUACAGACAUUACCGAGGACUCGUUGAGACGAGCUACGAGGGGUGCCGAGAGCCUAGAGAAUAAGAUUAACGAGAUGAAAGAGUCGGACCAGCAGAAGCUGCAGGACGAGUAUGAGAAGCUCGUUAAAGGGAUCAGAGGAGCCGACGACGAUGGCCACCAGGAAGAUUCCUUUGUGGCCAAUCCCACUCUUCCAGACGAUCUCCUCAAGGAGGCUGUUCCGGGCAAUAUUCGUAGGGCAGAGCACUUCAUCGCGUUUCUCAAAAGGUUUAUGGAAUAUCUCAAAGUCAGUUGCUACAAUGGUCCAGACUUCAAGUUGUACUAUGUCUUACUGACUGGCCCAGACGAGGAUGAAAUAAGGACACUGGAGCUUGCCAAUAUCGAGUAUUACCAAUCACUGCAAGAAGUCGCCACAUUUGCGACUCUUGUAGCAACAUACGAGAAUGGUUUCCUCCUGAUUCUUGAACCAUAUGAAUCUGACACAGCUGAGGUACCAAACCCAGUUCUACACUUUACGUGUCUAGAUGCUGCUAUUGCCAUCAAGCCUGUUUUUGACUGGUUCAGCUCUGUCAUUAUUACCUCAGGAACUAUCUCACCGCUAGAGAUAUACCCCAAAAUGCUCAACUUCUCUACUGUCGUCCAAGAGUCAUAUAGUAUGACAUUAGCAAGAAGAUCCUUCUUACCUAUGAUUGUCACUCGAGGAAGCGACCAGUCGUCAAUAUCUACUAGCUUCCAAGUCCGUAAUGAGCCUAGUGUGGUCAGAAACUAUGGUAAUCUUUUGACUGAGUUUGCGAGGAUCAUACCUGAUGGUAUGGUCGUCUUCUUCCCUUCCUAUCUUUAUAUGGAGUCUAUUAUCAGUAUGUGGCAGGGCAUGGGUAUCCUGGAUGAGGUAUGGAAGUACAAACUUAUCCUAGUUGAGACCCCAGAUGCGCAAGAGACGUCACUUGCGCUGGAGACGUACCGAACUGCCUGCUGCAAUGGCCGUGGUGCUGUGCUGUUAUGUGUCGUACGUGGCAAAGUGUCGGAAGGUAUUGACUUUGACCACCAGUACGGUCGUACCGUUAUCUGCAUGGGCAUACCGUUCCAAUAUACCGAGUCUCGUAUCCUUAAGGCACGUCUUGAGUUCCUGCGCGAGACAUACCGCAUCCACGAAAACGACUUCCUCUCGUUCGACGCCAUGCGCCAUGCCGCUCAGUGCCUGGGCCGCGUGCUACGCGGGAAGGACGACUAUGGCCUGAUGGUGCUCGCUGACCGCCGCUUCCAGAAGAAGUGUGCCCAGCUACCAAAAUGGAUCAACCAGGCGCUACUCGACGCCGACACGAACCUCAGCACCGACAUGGCGGUUGGCAGCGCCCGCCGCUUCCUCAAGACCAUGGCCCAGCCGUUCCGCGCCAAGGAUCAGGAGGGCAUCAGCAUGUGGAGCAUAGAGGAUCUGAAGAGGCACCAGGAGAAGAUGUUUGACGAUAUGGUUACAGGCGACGUUGAUAUGCUAGAGAAAUGA